AUGAGGAAGCCUUCUGUCCAGCAGCCUUGGAAAGCCCACGUUCCAACUGUGUCGGAGAUUGAAGGGCCUGUUGCUGUUGGCUUGAUUGAUGUUGAGGUGGUACUGGUAGUACUAGUAGUAGUUGAGGAAGCCCUCGAGGUUGUGGAGCUGGUGGUAGUUGAAGUACUGGAGCUAGUUGUGGUCGUAGAACUGGCUCGUGAUGUCGUGCUAGAGGUGGCCGAUGUAGAUGAGGUGGAUGAGCUUGUAGUCGAAGACGUCGUUGAGGAAGAUACAACGGAAGUCGAACGAGAUGUCACAGUGGUAGAUGCGACGCUAGAUAUGGAUGAAACACCGACUGGACCUCCCGCAACCAAGGAGCUCAACGAAGAGACAGCCGAGGCACCUGAUGAGAGCGUAGUAGAUGAGGGGCGACUGACGAUGGAAGACGUCGUCACCAAUGAUAGCCCGCUGACAGAAGGGGCGCUUAAAACGCUCGAAGGCAGCGUGUUUGACGAUACCACGCUCGAGAGUCCUGCACUCGAGAUUGACGAAGUCGUGCUGGUUGUCGUAGUAGUGGAGACACGCGAGCUUGUUGAAGAGAGUGUGGCGAAGGUCGUCCAUGUGGUUGAAGAAGUACUUGAGCUUACACUAGAAGUUGUCGUCGACGAAGUAGAGGCUGUAGAUCUAGAAGAAGAACUGGCGCUACUGCUGCUGGCAGUCGAAGAAGCACUCGUUGCUGCGCCGCUCGUGGAAGAGCUGAAAACCGAGCUGCUCGAGCCCCCAGAGACCGAGAGACUCGUUGCAAUACUUGAACCCGAGCUCCCAGAAGAGGAUGUCGCUACAAAGCUGGAGGCGGAAGAGGAUGCGCUGUUGAGGCCACCGGCGAAAUUGCCAAACACGCUCAGUGAGGUGCUGAAAGAGCUCGUGGAGCUUGUGGAUAUACUGCUUGAGACUGGAGCUGAGAUCGAACUGCUGACUGAGCCCGUGCUAGUAGAAGCGCCGUUCGAGGUUGAGCUGGACACCCUAAUAGAAGACGAGCUUCCACUUGUUGAGGUCAAGGAAGAUGGGAGGGAGGUGCUUGAGGAGCUAGACGUAGCUGCAAUGCUGGUCGAUGCAACUGAACCAGAGCUCGACACGGAGAGAGCAGCACUUGAAGAGGCAGCGAUCGAGGAGCCCAUGCUACUAGCUGAUGAAAACGCCCCAAUUGAUGUGGGUAAUGAGCUACUGUAG